AUGGCGAUUAUGAUCACGAGGGAAGUGCUUGAGGUCGGCGGUGGAGGAGGAGGAAGAAUCAGCUACGAGGACUGGAGCGACUGCCUCCAGAGUUACCUCCUCUCUCGAGAUCUCUGGCACGGCUUCAUCAUCGUUGACGACGACGAGCAGCCGAUUUCCUCGGAAGAAGAUGAUGACUGGCGGCGGAAGAACGCGGCGGCGCUGCACGCGAUCACGUUCUCGUGCGGCGGCGGCGUUCUCCGGCAGAUUCGGGGGAUUGCUUCCGCCAAGCAAGCUUCGACGUACAAGGUAAAACCAUUCCGUUUUGUGGUAAUGAAUUGA